UGCAGCCUCCGCACGUGCACCUUGCAAUGUGUCGUCGAUCUGUACUUCCGCUUUUGGUCACGUUAAUGUUUCUUAGUUCAGGGUGUUGUCGGCAAGUUGAAACCCCAGCACAGUUGGACAACGUUACCGAUAUACUCAAAACUAUUUUGGAAGGAUAUGACAUACGUCUCAGACCUAAUUUUGGAGGCGAUCCCCUCUACAUUGGGAUGGAUAUGGUCAUCGCCAGCUUCGAUAGUAUAUCGGAAGUUAAUAUGGAUUAUACGUUGACGCUUUAUCUGAACCAAUUCUGGACUGAUGAACGUCUCAUCUUCAGCAAGGAAAACUAUGAGUUAACCCUGUCUGGUGAUUUUGCAGAGAAAAUAUGGGUCCCAGACACAUUUUUUGCAAAUGACAAGAACUCAUUUUUGCAUGAAGUUACAGAAAAGAAUAAAAUGGUCCGACUGAAGUCAAGUGGAGAUAUUGCAUAUGGAAUGAGAUUUACGACUACACUGGCAUGCAUGAUGGAUCUUCAUUACUAUCCCUUGGACACACAGAAUUGUACAGUUGAAAUCGAAAGUUAUGGUUACACUGUUGCUGAUGUAGUUAUGUAUUGGACUAGCACUCCAGUUGUUGGAGUGGAUGACGCCGAACUACCACAAUUUUCCAUCAUAAAGUAUGAAACUACAAACAGAAUGGAGAAACUUGCAACAGGGACAUACCAGAGAUUAUCACUGAGCUUCGAACUGAAGAGAAAUAUUGGAUAUUUCAUCUUUCAAACAUAUUUACCGUCCAUACUCAUUGUCAUGCUGUCAUGGGUAUCGUUCUGGAUUAAUCACGAAGCGACAUCAGCUCGAGUAGCACUUGGUAUUACCACGGUGUUGACCAUGACCACCAUUAGCACAGGAGUCCGUUCGUCGCUGCCUCGUAUUUCUUAUGUCAAAGCUAUCGACAUUUACUUGGUGAUGUGCUUCGUGUUCGUAUUCGCAGCCCUGCUGGAGUAUGCUGCCGUCAACUACACUUACUGGGGAGCCAGAGCUAAGAAGAAGACAAAGAAGGAAAACAAAGCAAAUGAUACAGUAUGCCCAAAUGAAGAAAUCAUCGAGCUACAAGAUGUAAGGAUGUCCCCCAUUCCUUGUUUGCGGAAGAGGAAGUCUCUGAGCAACGCCACCAGUGAAACGGAGGCCAUAUUUCCGCCAUCUUUGCGCAUGAGUAACUUGUCUUUACGAGCUCCCUACAGCCCCAGAAUUCCGACCGGGAUGGUGCGGCGUACCAGGAUGGAAUACAGCCGCAGGCCAAAGGUUAUCCAAGCCUUGAAGAAAAGAGCCAAUGCACUCAAGGCAUCCGUUCCUCGAAUCAAAGAUGUCAAUAAAAUAGACAAAUAUUCUCGGGUUAUAUUCCCAGUCUCCUACUUAAUCUUCAACGCCAUCUAUUGGUGCUUUUAUUUGUUCUAAAGUUGAAUCAUUUAAUGAAGAUUAUUUAAUUUAUGACCAAAAAAAGUGUGGGAAUUUGGUUUUUGAUCGCAGAACAGAUUGAGUGAAUUUGAGUAUUAAAAUGCGGAUUUUUUUAAUUAUUAUUUUACCCUGUUUUUUACUUUUUUUGGAGGCCUAAAUUAAUGAAUGUAACAACAUUGUAUUUUUCAUAAAUUAUUUUGUAAUG